UUUUCAGCGGCUACACGCAGCAAUUGACGCGGGGCAGGCACCUAUGUGCGCAUGAAGCUCAAGGCCGCCGAAGAGGCCAACAUCGACUGCGAGCUUGUCAAGUUCCCCCAAGACGUCACCGAAGCCGAGCUGCUCCAGACGAUUCACAACUACAACAACACCCCCGCCAUCCACGGCAUCCUCGUCCAGCUACCCCUCCCGAAGCACAUCUCCGAGCACACUAUAACCUCGGCGGUCGCCGAUGAGAAGGAUGUCGACGGAUUCGGGAUCCCAAGCAUUGGAGAGCUGGCGAAGCGGGGCGGACACCCUCUGUUCACGCCCUGCACGCCCAAGGGUGUCAUGAUCCUGUUGCAGGAAGCUGGCGUCGACCCGAAGGGAAAGAACGCCGUUGUGCUGGGAAGGAGCGACAUCGUUGGGAGCCCCGUCAGCUACCUGCUCAAAAACGCCGAUGCGACCGUUACCGUGUGCCAUUCGAAGACCACCAAUCUCCCCGAAAUCGUCAAGCAGGCGGAUAUCGUCGUGGCCGCCAUCGGAAAGCCUGGGUUUGUGAAGGGAGACUGGAUAAAACCCGGAGCUGUCGUCAUCGACGUUGGUACAAACUACAUCCCGGAUUCCACAAAGAAGUCGGGACAGAGGCUGGUGGGGGAUGUCGACUUCGAGUCAGCAGUUGAAGUGGCCUCCCGGAUCACUCCGGUUCCUGGUGGAGUCGGGCCCAUGACAGUAGCAAUGUUGCUGCAGAACGUCGUCGACUCAGCGGACGCCGCACUAGAGAGGCAAAAGCUUCGACAUAUCACACCGCUGCCGCUCAAGCUCGAAGAUCCCGUACCCUCGGAUAUCGCUGUGUCUCGAAAGCAGCAUCCGAAACCAAUUACCAUGAUUGCGAAAGAGGUGGGCAUCAUGCCCCAUGAGCUUGAGCCCUACGGCGCUACCAAGGCAAAGGUCGAUCUUUCUCUCUUGAAGCGGCUCGAUCACCGCCAAAAUGGCAAGUACAUUCUCGUUGCUGGAAUCACACCGACUCCGCUAGGAGAAGGGAAGUCGACCACCACAGUCGGACUCGCCCAGGCGCUUGGUGCUCAUCUUGGCCGAGUAUGCUUCGCCAACGUUCGACAGCCCAGUAUGGGACCUACGUUUGGCAUCAAAGGCGGUGCGGCAGGAGGGGGCUACAGCCAGGUCAUACCCAUGGACGAGUUCAACCUCCACCUCACUGGAGAUAUUCACGCUAUCACCGCAGCCAAUAACCUGCUCGCUGCAGCCAUCGAGACGCGCAUGUUCCACGAGAGCACUCAAAAAGAUGGUCCCUUAUACCGACGGUUGGUGCCGGUGAAGAAGGGAAAGCGGGAGUUUGUCCCGGUCAUGUUCCGUCGCUUAAAGAAGCUAGGGAUAGAUAAGACAAACCCAGACGAGCUGACAGAGGAGGAGAUCCACCGAUUUGCCAGAUUAGACAUUGAUCCCGAGACUAUCACCUGGCGUCGAGUCCUAGAUGUGAACGACAGGCAUCUGCGACAGAUCACUGUUGGUCAAGCGCCGACCGAGAAGGGCCAUACGCGAGUAACGGGCUUCGACAUAUCCGUUGCCAGCGAAUGUAUGGCGAUCCUCGCUCUCAGCAACGAUCUCGCCGAUUUAAGGGAGCGUCUCGGUCGCAUGGUGGUCGCCAGCUCUCGCAGCGGGGACCCCGUAACUUGCGAUGAUAUUGGGGCUGGAGGCGCUUUGGCUGCCCUGCUAAAAGACGCCAUCAAACCCAACCUCAUGCAGACAUUAGAGGGCACACCAGUCUUCGUGCACGCUGGGCCUUUCGCCAACAUCAGUAUUGGAGCAUCGUCCGUUCUUGCCGAUAAGCUUGCGCUCAAGCUAGCUGGGACGGAACCCGAUGAAGAUCCUAAGGAAAAAGAAGGCUUCGUGGUCACGGAGGCAGGCUUCGACUUCACCAUGGGUGGCGAGCGUUUCUUCAACAUUAAAUGCCGAGCAUCCGGUCUCGUGCCUGACACGGUGGUCAUUGUCGCCACGGUGCGAGCACUAAAGGUCCACGGCGGAGGUCCAGACAUCGCGCCAGGCGCGCAACUCCAGGAGGUCUACCGAACCGAAAACGUCGACCUUCUCCGCAAGGGAUGUGUUAACCUAAAGAAGCAUAUAUCCAACGCGAAGUCAUUUGGCGUACCAGUUGUGGUGGCAAUUAACCGAUUCUCGACCGAUACUCAAGCUGAGAUUGAUGUCAUCAAGGAGGAGGCACUCGCUGCCGGCGCAGAGGAUGCCAUCCCUGCCAACCACUGGGCUGAGGGCGGCAAAGGGGCCGUCGACCUUGCCAAAGGGAUCAUCGCUGCGAGCUCGAAACCGAAGCCAGAUUUCAAGCUUCUCUACGACUUGGAAGGAUCGGUCCAGGAACGCAUCGAGAAAAUCGGCCAGCUCAUGUACGGCGCGGACAAGGUUGAAUUCUCAGAGUUAGCCCAGAAGAAAGUGGAUACAUAUGUCAAGCAAGGAUUCGGCAAUCUCCCCAUCUGUGUCGCAAAGACACAGUAUUCGCUCAGUCACGACCCCGCUCUCAAGGGUGCCCCUACGGGCUUCACGGUCCCCAUCCGGGACGUGCGCAUGGCGGCUGGUGCGGGCUAUCUUUAUGCUCUUGCGGCGGAUAUCCAGACUAUUCCUGGCUUGCCAACUGCGCCUGGGUAUCUGAACGUAGAUGUGGAUACUGAGACCGGAGAGAUUGAUGGUCUCUUUUGAGCUAAUACCAUGGUUCCGGCGUUAUGAGAAAAAGCGGGGUCUUUGCAAUCUUUGUUAGGAGGGCAUUCAAC